AUGGACUUCUUUACCCGCUUCUACACAGCGUACAGCCGUCCCGUCAAGAUUGCGAUCUCGAUAUCUCUGGCGCUGGUGAUUCUCUUCGCCUACAUUCUCCUGAUAGUCCUCUUUACAAGCCCUCAAGCCCUGCGCAUCGACUCUCUCCUCUAUGUAGGGGAAGAUCCGGCCACUCGCACAAGAUUCACACCGCAGGUCGCCGUCACCCUUCUGUCGGCGAUCCUCACAGGCGCCACGAUUGCGCUGGUCACUCGCUGCGUGGAUGAAUCGCUCUGGAACCACCUCACGCCCUCGACAGCGGCGGAUCGACUCACGGCUGCGGAGAGCCGCAACCUCGCAUUGUGGUCUGUCUCUGCCGUAGCGCGCAUCCGCUACCUCUUCAUCGGGGGAUCGUGGGCGCUCCGUCUCAGUGCUGUUAUGCUGCUAGCUGGCGCCGCUGUGAAUCCCAUCCUCGUGAGUGGCAUUUCGCAGACGCUCGACUCGACCUUCGAGACGGCUUUCCAGCCUCGGAAUAAGAGCUACAACGACUUCAGCGGCUUCUUGGAUGAUGUGAAUACCUGGUAUGCCUCGGGGACGACUCGCGAUCUCCUAGGUGAAGCUGCCUUCCUCACCUCCCUCCAUUCGCUUAAUGCUCCCGCUGCGCAUGUCUGCAAUACCCCCCUGUGCAGGGCAAAUGCCCGUAUGGCUGGAUUCCAAGCGAGCUGCACGUCCGACAAGAUCCCAAACCCGGAUCGAAUCGGCCUCAAGCCCAGCAGCUUUAAGAACAUACGCAGGCAGCUUUUCUGUAGCCAUAAACGCGGCUCCCGAGAUCGAGAUGUCUGCGUCGACCUGGAGUCAAGCGACCCCGAGACAGCCGCCAUGUUCACCAACCAGCGCGCCACCGACACAGAUGGCGACUUCACCACCAUAUUCGGUGCCUACGUUUAUAACUGGUAUACCGGGCAAGAGGAGCGCUUCAUUUACACGGUCGACUGCCGCGUCGGUUAUGGGUGGGUGAACGUAACGCAGGUUGGAUCCAAUCCCCCCGAAGUGAUCCGCUCCAGCUUCCAAGUCAACUUCUCCGGCGGCGCAUAUGGUGCUAACGGAGAGAAAAUUGUUACAUACCCUAUUGGCGUCGCGCUCCUUGGAUGGAAAAAUACCACAGAUGGGCCAACAGUCGCACAACGCAUCGAACGUGCAUGGGAUAUGAACAAUAUCUUCGCGUUCGGGAGGUCAAUCGACAGAAUCGACCUCUCCACGACAAUAGAGACCAGAGUGAACAAAUACGUCUACAACAAACUCGCGCUCUUCAUCCUUAUAGUCCCGUUCCUGGCUUCCAUUCUUGGUGUAUGGAACCGAUGGCAUGUACUGAGUGACGAGCUGAUGCUGGGAUACGAUCCUGUUCGAAUUGUGAGGUGUGGUCCUUUGUAUGGAGUAGAUCCAGCCACUACCGGAGAAGAGCUGGAUAAGAUGGUGGUGGCAAGAUAUAUGCAGGCUGAUAUGGACGGGGAGCAGAGAUAUCAGUUCGUUGCCAGCGGUGUUGAAUUUGUUGCUGAGCUGAGGACACCGAAACAUGGAUAG